AUGGCAGCGCAAGACUCCCCAGACCCGGCAGCUGCCUGCCCCGUCGACCACAAGACCCGCGAAGCAUGGCUCGCCCAUGCCAAAAAAGCGAACCCCUCACAACCACCAAUACCACCGCACGCCGCGCCCCUCGCAACACCUGGUUGCGACUCCUCCGCUAUGCAACAAUCCCAAUCCGCACAUACACCCGGAGUCAUGGACUCAAUACGCAAACUUCGUACCGACCGCGAGAUAAGCACCAUUCCGCGCGCACUACCCGGCGAUGCGCCAGUCGCUGGCGCCAGGCCCGCGAAUAGCGAGGAAGAUACCGGCGUUGACAAGAAGUCCGGCAAUUGGAUAUAUCCCAGCGAGCAGAUGUUCUUUGAUGCGAUGAAGCGGAAGGCGUAUAGUCCUGAGGAGACUGAUAUGCACACUAUUGUACCGAUUCACAACGCGGUCAAUGAGCGGGCGUGGAAGGAGAUCAAGGAAUGGGAGAAGGGGAGGGGGAGUGAGGCGUGCGGUGGGCCAAAAUUGUCUUCGUUUUCGGGGCUUUCUUCGUCUCUUACGCCCCGCGCAAGGCUUAAUACACUCAUGGGGUACAAGCCGCCCUUCGAUAGGCAUGACUGGGUCGUCGAUCGGUGCGGGACAAAGGUAGAAUACGUGAUCGACUUCUAUGCUGGCAAGGAUGAGGGGAGAUCAGGGAAGGAGUUGAACUUCUACCUGGAUGUGAGACCGAAGCUGAACAGUUGGGAAGGUGUGAAAUUACGGGCUUUCAAAUUUGUUGGAUUAUAA